CUGCUUCUGCCAAUCUUUAGAGCCAGCACAGCCAAGAGCUUCAACUGGUUUGGACUUCUAUGUCAGCAGAAUGGUUUACCAUGUUCCAUUAUUGGGGAUUCCUUGUUGCUGGUGAUGGGUGAGCCUGAAAAAACACAGCUUUACUUGCACAUCAUAGGCUCCUCUUUAGCCCAUUGUGCUGAAGACCAGAGGUUUUGCCUGAUCAGGAGUCUCUGUUAGCAAUUCAAGUUAGCUGGAGAAUGGAAGGGGUUGAGUUUAAGGAAGAGUGGCAAGAUGAAGAUUUUCCAAGGCCCCUGCCAGAGGAUGAUCCUGUUGAGUCUGAUGCAUUGGCUGCAGCUGGAACAGAAAGUGAAGCAGAUACAGAGGGUAAUGGAACCAAAUUGAGGAAGAAACUAAUAGCUCCAGAUAUUAGCUUAACUUUGGAUCCCAAUGAGGAAUCUGUUUUGUCUGAUGACUUGGAUGAGAGUGGGGAGAUUGAUUUGGAUGAUUUAGAUACUCCUUCAGAAAAUAGCAAUGAAUUUGAAUGGGAAGAUGAUCUUCCAAAGCCAAAAACUACUGAUGUUGUUAGGAAAGGCUCCCUGGCUGAGUACACUGUGGCAGAGGAGAAGGAUGAUGGCCGACGCUGGCGAAUGUUUAGGAUCGGAGAGCAGGACCACAGGGUGGACAUGAAGGCAAUUGAACCGUACAAAAAAGUUAUCAGUCAUGGUGGUUAUUAUGGUGAUGGGUUAAAUGCCAUUGUUGUGUUUGCUGUUUGCUUCAUGCCUGAGAGCAGCCAGCCUAACUACAGAUACCUAAUGGACAAUCUAUUUAAGUAUGUAAUUGGCACUUUAGAGCUGUUAGUAGCAGAGAACUAUAUGAUAGUUUACCUGAAUGGUGCAACAACACGGAGAAAAAUGCCAAGUUUAGGCUGGCUUAGGAAAUGUUACCAGCAAAUUGAUAGAAGGUUAAGGAAAAAUCUGAAAUCGUUGAUCAUAGUUCAUCCUUCCUGGUUCAUCAGAACGCUCCUGGCCAUCACAAAACCUUUUAUUAGCUCAAAAUUCAGCCAAAAAAUUAGGUAUGUCUUUACCCUGGCAGAACUAGCUGAACUGAUCCCCAUGGAAUACGUUGGCAUCCCAGAAUGCAUAAAACAGUAUGAAGAAGAAAAGUUUAGAAAGAAACAGAAAAGAGUUGACCAAGAGCUGAAUGGAAAACAAGAGCAGAAAAGUGAACAGUAAGUUUGGAGUCCAGACAAGACUGAAGAAUCCGCAGAUGGAACAAUGCUGUUUGUGCUCCAUUACAGUGCAUUCUCUGUGUGUAUGUAUUUUAUAAUCUGUUGCAAAAGGUGCUUUGGACUAGCACACAAUGAACUGCUUACUGCUGUAUUGGUUUGUCUUGACUUUAAUUGCUGUUUAUGUAAUCGUUUUAUACUGCUAAAUGGCAAAGAACUCUGUGUUUUCAAAGGAUGUUCUUGCAAUUGUUUAUCUAAAUGAUGCAUGUUCUUCAGUAAAAUAUUUAUAUACCUAAAUGUUAAAGGAAAGAGAUAAUAUAUAUAUUUUUAUGACGGAGCAAUAUAUUGUGUGUACCUGCUGAAGGAAUUCAUUUGCAGGUAGACAAGGCCAUAAGUUACUUGUUGUUAUUGUAUAAAUCUGUUUUGCUGUAAAUGGUCAAGUGCAUUUCUUUGUUGUCAUGAAAACUUGUUUGGAUAUUAAUGAUCAUUAACUUGACUUUCACAAAUACAGAGAUCCUUAUUUUUGUUCAGUUAGCUUAUAAAGCUCACUCCUUUACCUCAGUGGAGUGAGCUUCAACUUUGGUGUCUUUCAGUCCCUUGUUCAGGAUGCAGAACUGCAGUUCUGUGGGUGGCAGUUUGUUGGCCACGAGGUUUAAGUCUAAGCCACAAAAGCUGAACUGUCUGACUGGUAAGAUACCAGACCUUUUUCAGAUGAAGUUGUGAAUUUAGGUUCUGCUUCAGUAUGUCAAGACUGUCUCAGCUAGCAGUAGGAAAUUAGUUCAUUGCAGUUUUUUGUGGAUGAAUCUUGAUUGUUACUGGUAGGAACUCUGGUCGUGCUCCAUAGAGCAUGGGAGCUACACAGGUACUCUAGCCACAAUACCAUUUUUUGGGCAGAAAUAUGAGAAGUCUUAUACUACCUGUGUCAUUCUUGUAGAUGAAACAUCAAUUUCUAAAGCUGUUAGGCACAUGAUACCAGCACUAAUUUAACUUUUAAGAAGUGUUUUAAAGGUUGGGGUGUUUUGACUCCCCACAGUGGUGGUAAAUCUGGGUCUGUAAGAGUUGUUCUUGGGCAUAUAACUAAUGUGCAUAGGUUUACUGGGACAACAGUAAUGCACUGAUUGAUACAUUGUAAAAGUUUGUAACAUCUUUUGAUAAACGUUGCAUUUUCCAUGUAAGGGCAGGUGUAUGCAAAUAAAUUCAUUCAGGAGUUGAGCAAUAUAAUGUCGCAGCAAGUAUAUUAAAUCUUUGCUUUUGGUGUUUAUUGUGCUCACAAUUUUGUCUUAAUGCCAAAAAAUAUCACUUUUUAACUGUAUUUAAUGUUACUCAGUUACCUUAUUAAAAAAAA